ACAAACAGGUAAAGUCUAAUAAGUUGUUUGGAAACGUAGGAUGAGUUGGAAGCAGCUUGUCAUUCGCUUCUACCGUUGAAGCCAUGGCUGAGAGACACGGGCAGCUAAGAUCUGUGGUUAUUCGCAGCUUCAGGCGGUUCAGUGAGCGAUAUUUUCCAGAGAAAAAUGGACAAUCCUUGACUUCUGACGUGGAACAAGAAGCAGAGGGAUCACACUUUGGGUAUUUGGACAGUUUACCAGUGGACAUAAAGUUUCUCAUCAUGACCUUUCUCUCUCCUGUGGAUAUCUGUAACCUUGGAGCCACUUGUCGAUAUUGGAGGGCCAUGGUGAGAGAUCCGUUACUGUGGAGAUACUUCCUGUUGCGAGACAUGCCACACUGGUCCUCCAUCGAUCAUCUGACUAUGCCCAAUUUAGACAUGCUGGAUGCUCCACUAGUUAGUGAACAUGAAAGCUUGGAAGACAGAGAGGAAGGGGAGGAGACAAACAGGGAACUGAAAUCCGAUUACAUGUCAGAAUACCUAAAAGGUUGUCCAUCCUGCAGACAGCAGUGGUUGCCCUCCCGGCCAGCAUACGAGCUUCUUACCUCUUUUCUUCAGUACCUGGUGCCAUCCUCUGAACCUCGCUAUGCAAUGUUUGGGCCUGGCAUGGAGCAGCUUGAUGUCUCUUUGGUUAGAAGGCUCAUGCAUUCCCCAGAUCUGUUACCUGUGUCAGGCACUCCUCACAGACAGAUAAAUGGUAUCGGCUCUGGGAUUAGUUACCUGUUUAACAACAAGCACAGAUUUAACAUCCUAACCCUGUACUCCACCAACAGGGCCGAAAGAGAAAAGGCACGACUGCAGCAGGAGAGUAUCAACAAUAAGCUUUUUGUUUUUGGGGGAACUGAUGACUCGGGUUAUCCAGUGUAUACUCCCGCUCCUCAGGUGCAGAUGGUAUGCCAAGAGGUGGACGGCUUCAUUUAUGUUGCCAAUGCAGAGCCUGAAAAAGGGGACGGAGCCUCUGAGGUGUCCCAGAUUAGGGCUGUGCUGAAUUGUGUUGGGGACUCCUUAGCUAAACCUCUGCUGGUGCUUUCCUGCAUCUCCCGAGAACCAGAGGAGGUGACAGGUGGGGCUAAAUGUCGAACACCCUGCGUUUACAUGGCGAGGAGACUUGGCCUUCCUCAACUUUCUAAUUGCUGGAUGGUCCAGGAUGCAGUCGCAGAAUCCUUAUCAGGUGUUUUAGAUGGAAUCGCCUGGCUGCUAAAAUCUUCUGGCGUUAAGAUUUAAAUUCUAAUACUUUCAUGA